GCAUAAUGCUCUUGCCCUCCAAGAAGGACCUCAAGGCCGCCCUGGAGGUCUUUGCUGUUUUCCAGUGGGCCCUCAGUGUCUUCGUUAUCGCAACCACCGUGAUCCUUGUCAACCUCUACCUGGUAGUGUUUACAUCAUACUGGCCUGUCACUGUGCUCAUUCUCACCUGGCUGGCUUUUGACUGGAAGACCCCUGAGCGAGGCGGCCGCCGGUUUACCUGUGUGAGGCAAUGGUGCCUGUGGAGACACUACUGCAAUUACUUUCCCCUCAAGCUUUUGAAGACUCAAGAUAUCUCCCCCAGUCACAACUACAUCCUUGUCUGCCACCCUCAUGGGGUCUUGUCCCAUUCAUGGUUUGGCCACUUUUCCACGGAGACUUCAGGCUUCUCCAAGAUCUUUCCUGGCAUUACCCCUUAUAUGCUUACACUGGGAGCCUUUUUCUGGGUGCCUUUCCUCAGAGAAUACGUAAUGUCCACAGGGACCUGCUCUGUGAGCCAGUCCUCCAUGGACUUUCUGCUCACGCAUAAAGGCACAGGCAACAUGCUGGUCGUGGUGGUGGGCGGCCUGGCCGAGUGCAGAUAUAGCCUGCCCGGCUCUUACACGCUGGUGCUGAAGAACCGGUCCGGCUUUGUGCGCAUGGCCCUGCGGCACGGGGUGGCUCUAAUCCCUGUCUAUGCCUUUGGGGAAACGGACCUCUACGAUCAGCACAUUUUCACUCCUGGGGGCUUGGUCAACCGCUUCCAGAAGUGGUUCCAGAGGAUGGUACACAUCUACCCUUGUGCUUUCUAUGGGCGCGGCUUCAUCAAGAACUCCUGGGGCCUUCUGCCCUAUGCUCAUCCUGUAACCACCAUUGUUGGAGAGCCUCUACCAGUGCCCAAGAUUGAGAACCCAAGCCAGGAGACUGUGGCUAAAUACCAUGCACUCUACAUUGAUGCCCUACGCAAACUAUUUGACCAGCAUAAGACCAAGUUUGGCAUCUCAGAGACCCAGGAGCUGGUGAUAGUUUGACAGACAUCCCUAGCAGCCUCUCAGCCUGGCUGAGAGGAGGACGAAAAACAGGAGGAUGAAAGUCACCUAUGGGGCUCCAGCUCCUGAUUUGACCAGUCCUCAUUAUGGGGAGGGGCUGUCC